UUACAAAAACCAAAAGUUGUUUUGUCUGAAAGAGAACAUUACAGUCUCCUUCACUUUCUCUCUCUACUGUAGUCUGUGUGUAGAGAGAGAAAGCAAAGCGAAAGCCAACAAAAAAAAAAAAGAAAAAAAAAAAAGGAAAAGAUUGGCAUUUGAGAAAUGAGUAAAGCAAAAACCAUCUUGUCAUUGUUCUGGUUUUCUUAAGAGCCUUAAAAAUAAAAAACUCAAAUACCCAUAGUUGAUCUCUUUAAAGAACAUAUAAAGAUAGAAUAUAUAUGUAAAGAAAAAAAGGGGUUAGAUAAUAAAUGAAAACUCAAAUGCUGGUACCCAUUUGGUAGAACUCAAAACUUUAGGAUCCUGUUCACCUAUUCAAGAUCUUACUUAUUGGUCUUUCUUUCAGAAUUUACAUUCUGGGCUUGGUUUUUUUUUAUUUUUGGAUUGAAGUUCUGCUAGUUCUGGGACUUGAUUAGUAAAAAAAUAAGAGGAUCUGAACCCGUGCAUAGGGGAGAACAUCUGGUUAUAUGAGGAGGUUAGAGAAGGAGGAGGUAGUGUAAAUAUACUAGAGAAAAUGAAACCCAACACACCUCUUGAUUAUGCUGUGUUUCAACUGUCUCCAAGGCAUUCUCGAUGUGAAUUGUUUGUGUCGAGUAGUGGAAGUACAGAGAAACUUGCUUCAGGAUUAGUAAAGCCAUUUGUGGCUCAUUUGAAGGUUGCAGAAGAGCAGGUUGCACAGGCAGUUCAUUCAAUUAAGCUUGAAGUUGAAAGGCAUAGAAAUGCAAAUCCUGAGACGUGGUUCACAAAAGGAACCCUUGAGAGAUUUGUGCGGUUUGUCAGUACACCUGAGGUUUUAGAAAUGGUCAAUACAUUUGAUGCAGAGAUGUCUCAAUUGGAAGGAGCACGGAGAAUUUACUCUCAGGGGGCUGGCGAUCAGCUAUCUGGUGCUUUAGGUGGGGAUGGAAUGGGAACAGUGGCAGGAACUGAUGCAACAAAGAAGGAGCUUCUGCGGGCAAUUGAUGUGCGGCUUGCUGCAGUUACGCAGGAUUUAACUACAGCCUGUGCUCGGGCAUCAGCUGCUGGUUUUAAUCCCGAGACCGUAUCAGAGCUCCAACUCUUUUCAGAUUGUUUUGGUGCACAUCGGUUAAAUGAAGCCUGUACCAAAUAUAUUUCACUAUGCGAAAGAAGACCAGACCUGACCAAUCCAUGGAAGCCAGGUGUCGAGGAUCAACUGGUCCGGGCUUCGUGGGGAUCUGACAUGUCAAUUGAUGACCCUUCAGAAGAACAAAGUGGGUCCCACAAUGUUAGGUCCCAGCACUUAUUCCAAAAUAAACACCAACACCAGCAAGCAGGCCAUGAACAGCAACAGCCAGAUUUAACACAAAAUCAAUACCACCUUAAACAUUCGAAACCUUCUACCUUUUAUCCCAAUUCCUCACUCCCUGCAGAGCAGUUAAUUGUCCAUAAGGAGACCAAGGAAGAAGAGAAGACAAAAGAGGAAUCUACGACUGAGCCAUCACCUAUUCAACCAAGUCAACCUGCAAGGAGACUCAGUGUGCAGGACAGGAUCAACCUGUUUGAGAAUAAGCAGAAGGAGAACUCAGGUGGCAAACCUGUAGCUGUAGCAAAACCUGCAGAGCUGAGGAGACUCUCUUCUGAUGUGUUUUCUGCACCUGCACUUGAAAAGGCUGUAUUGAGAAGAUGGAGUGGAGCAAGUGAUAUGAGCAUUGACUUGGGAAAUGAAAAAAAGGAUAAUAACAGUGUAGAAAGUCCUUUGUGUACACCCUCUUCAUCUUCUGUAUCCCAAAGCAAAAGUAGUGUGUUUCCUAGCACAUCAGUAGAUUAUAAGGACCAAAAGGGGCUCAAUGAUACAGCAAGUUCUGUUAAGAUUGAGGCUAAGGAUGUUUCUGGGAUCAAAGAUCAGGGUGAGUUGCAGAAAUGUGGUGGUGGAUUCAUGGGGAAGGACAAUGAGGUGGGUUUGAAGGUUAAAGUGGGGUCUCAGGACCAGCUCAGGUCAUUCACUGGUAGAAGUGAGCAGUCAGGGGUUGACCAUGGGGCUAGAGAGGAGAAGUUUAAGGGUGCCUUGGGUGGGGAUGAGAGGAGCAGCGUAGUGAAAGAUCAAGGUGGUUUUGAGGGAAAGUCAAGAGGUUAUUCGGAUAGAGGAGAGGCGGCUUUAGUCAACAAUCAGGCUGGCUUGCAGGCUCAGGUUGGAAAUAUUGCAGGAAGUGUGGGGGAGGUUGAACCUGGCCAUAGAGUUGAUGAUGUUAAACCAAAGAAUCAGCCACCAAGCCAACCAAGGUUUAGGGGUUCUCAGAUAUAUACACGGUCUCUUUCAGGGCAGUUUGAAGGUGGUUUUUCACUGAGAUUUAAGGAAGCGCCAUCUGACGAGACUGAGGCUGAUCAGUCAGCUUCUCAGUUACAGUGGGUGGAAGAUCCUGAAGUUCCAAGAAUAAAGGUCCAGAAGCCUCCUUCUGCUGCUCCAGAACAGAUUAUGAAGCUGCAAGGUAGAAGGGAUGAGAGUGGCUCUGCUUAUGGAAGUAACAAGUUGGUUUUUCCUAGCAAAAAGGUUUCUGAGAAUCAAGAGAGCUUGGGCUAUGUGUCAGCAGCAUCAGUAGAGCAAGUUCAGAGGGCAAGGCAGUCUAAGGGGAAUCAAGAGCUUAAUGAUGAGCUGAAAAUGAAGGCAAACGAGCUUGAAAAGCUUUUUGCAGAGCACAAGCAAUCUGGUUCUACAAGAAGAAGUAAACCUACUGACUUGCAGGUUGAACAGGCAAUAAGUUCACAGUAUAGAAAGCCAGCAGCAGUAGAGAUAUCUACCACACAGCUUUUGGAUAAUAAGGCUGAGUUUGAACCAAUCAUGAAUGCCAGUGAAAAUAUGAAGUUUAGCACUCCACCCAUGAAGAUGGUAGAUCAUCAAGACUACAGCAGUUCUCUGAGACAGAAUUUCUCUGAGCUCAGUUUUUCAGAUGAUUCUAGAGGAAAGUUUUAUGAGAGGUACAUGCAGAAAAGGGAUGCAAAGUUGAGGGAAGAGUGGGGUACAAAAAGAGCGGAGAAGGAAGCGAAGUUGAAGGCCAUGCAGGAUAGCCUUGAGCAGAGUAGAUCUGAAAUGAAGGCCAAAUUUUCUGGGUCUGCAGACAGAUCUAGUUCUGGUGCUCGUCAACUUGCAGAGAAGCUCAGAACAUACCAUUCUCGUAUGAGCAUCAAGAGAGAGCAGCAUCUGAUAGAUUCCCUUCAGAGUGAAGAGGAUGAAGAUCCUUCUGAAUUUAUGGAGCAGAAAUAUUAUAGACAAGACAGAUCUUUUAGUGAGGCAUCUCUAAUGGAUGGCACUUCUAGAAGCUCACAAAACAAGAAGCUUUUGCUGAACAGAAAUUUGUCUUCAUCCACCCCUCGCACAACAGCAGCACCAGUUCCACGAUCAUCAGCUAAAAUGUCCAACACCAGUUCUGCGAGAAGGAGAAUGCAAUCAGAGAAUCCUCUUGCACAAUCAGUUCCAAACUUCUCUGAUUUCAGAAAAGAGAACACGAAGCCCUCUUCUGGAGUCAGCAAAACCACAAACCGGACUCAGGUGAGAACCUAUGCCCGCAGCAAGAGUACAGCCGAAGAGACACCUCUUGCAAAGGAAGAAAAGCCCCGGCGUUCUCAGUCAUUGAGGAAAAGCUCAGCUGGUCCUGCAGAAUUUAAGGAUUUGUCUCUGAACUCUGAUGAUGUUUUGAUGCCAUUGAAGUUUGACAAAGAGCAAACUGAGCAAGGCCUCUAUGAAAGAUUUUCAAAGAAUGUGGAGCCAAAGCCAUUCCUUCGGAAAGGUAAUGGCAUAGGUCCUGGUGCUGGAACUAGUAUAGCCAAAGUGAAAGCUUCAGUGGCAUCUGAACCUCUCAAAAACGAAGAAGAGUUUGAAGAAUCACCUUUUGAGGCAGAUGAUUCAGUUAAUGGGGCAAAAGAAGAGGAAGAAGAAGAGGUGAUGGAGGAGGAGGAGCUUGAAACGACAGAGGUUGAAGAUUAUGCUAACAAUGGACAUGGCAAACCAAGACUAAGCCAGGAAUCAGACAAGAUGUCUGAAUCUGAGAAUGAUGAGUCUUUAAGAUCUCAUUCUCAAAUUGAUCCCUCUUCAGUUCCUGAACUGCCAACCUCCAUUUCUUCAACAUUCCAUGCUGUAGGGUCCUUGCAGGACUCACCUGGGGGAAGCCCGGUGUCAUGGAACUCCCGCAUGCACAAUCCAUUUUCAUACCCACAUGAGAUUUCAGAUAUUGAUGCUUCUGUGGAUUCUCCUAUUGGGAGUCCUGCGUCUUGGAAUUCUCACUCGCUCACCCAAACAGAGGCUGAUGCAGCUCGAAUGAGGAAGAAAUGGGGAAGUGCUCAGAAACCUAUUCUUGUUGCUAACUCCUCUCAGAAUCAGGCCCGUAAGGAUGUGACAAAAGGGUUCAAACGGUUGUUAAAGUUUGGAAGAAAAAGUCGUGGGGCUGAGAGUUUGGUUGACUGGAUUUCUGCCACAACUUCUGAAGGAGAUGAUGAUACAGAAGAUGGGCGAGAUCCUGCUAAUCGAUCAUCAGAAGACUUGAGGAAGUCGAGGAUGGGGUUUUCUCACAGUCAUGCUUCUGAUGAUUGCUAUAAUGAAAGCGAGUUGUUCAAUGAGCAGGUUCAAUCUAUUCAUAGUUCCAUACCAGCACCUCCAGCAAACUUCAAAUUGAGGGAUGAUCAUAUGUCUGGAAGCUCUAUUAAAGCACCGCGAUCAUUCUUCUCCCUUUCAACAUUCCGAAGCAAGGGAAGUGAAUCAAAGCUCAGAUAAUUGCUUCAGUGAAAGGUUCAGAGCUACUUGGAAUAUCUCAAGUGAUAGGGUGUAAAGGAUUAUAUAUAGGAUACAAAUGCUUGUGCUGAAAUAUGUUGUAUAUUGUAUUGAACUAAAAUCGCCUAUUGGCGUUAUUGUGAUUUUGGUAGUCUAGGAGCAUUCUUUUUUUUUUUUUUUUCUCUUCUUAAAAAUUGCUCUAGCCUGGUGUGAUAUGCAUAUGAGCAAUCAGACUCUUGGCAGAACAUAGAGUUGGUGACAGUCUCAAGAAGAGUGAUGUGAUUAUGCGGAGUAAUAUCAUGUAAACAAUGACUACUUUUACGUCAUCUUCUACACUCCCUCUGUCCUGCUGCCAAUGUUAUUCUCUAUGUCCUUUUUUC